AUGGCAACAAUAUUUCCCUCAGCACCACCUUUUCCGGGGCAGCAACAACCAGCAGGAGAAGCUGCAGUCGCCAACCCUGAAGCUGUGGCAUCCUCAUCAACAUCGUCCAGCGGUUGGCAUUCUUCGGGGUCCAUUGUCCCGUUCUUCGUGGUGAUCUCCAUGCUCGCCGUUCUUGCGAUCAUCUCGUGCAUGGUCGGCCGGAUCUACAGCCGGAGAGUCGCAGCGAAGACGCCGUUGGACAGCAUCAAGCAGAGAAGCUGUUUGGGGUGGGUUAAGAGGCAGUUUGGCCGGUGUACUGAUUGUAUCCCCGCGAACGUCGUUGGGGAAGAAAGGUGA